AUGUCGGUUCAUUCAGGAAGAAAAUCUGUAAAUACAUUUAAAGGAUCUAAAAGUUCAAGCCAAGUUUCAAAUCAAAAGAAUCAAACAAGACCAAUUAAAAUAAUACAACAGACUGGGUCUACGAACAAAUCUGAGGGAAAGACAUGGCCAGUUUCUAAUGUAACAUACAAAAGUCAACAACCUAAUUAUGGGGUUGUUGACUCAAAUGCUUCUAAAAUCAUUCAGAAAGUUGGUAGUCCUACACAUAAGAGCCAACCAUUGCCUCUUUCUAAGUUUCCUCCGAAAGGUGAACGUCUAGUAUUGCAGUCUCCUUGUGGGCCGGUUCUAUUAUCAACUGCACCUACCAGUACCAGUUUACCUAAAGGACCGCAUUACGUUCAGUCUGGAUCGACGCCUAAUUUGCGCUAUGUACAGACUUAUGGUUCAGCAGAUAAUCAAAUUUCCACAGUAUCACAAGUGUCAGCAAACCAACAACUAACUGCACAGAUCUUGCAGUCGUUAUCACAACCCAAACUAAUGCUCCAGACAAGUCCUACACCAGUCAACCACAAUAUUACAAAUUUACCCCCCACCCCUGAGGAACCAGCUGAAACAAAGCCAAUUAAUCAAAAGAGGAUAGUUGUCGGUGACAAGACUACUUUACUGACAGAAGAUGACAUAAUUGGUAUGGAAGAAAGACCAAACCUUGCUGAAGAACUAAGAAGAUACUCAUUUCAACCUUUAGCAUUUGUGAUGUUGGACCACACUUAUGCCCAACCUGCUCAAAAGCAACCUGUACCUACAACACCCCCAACUCCAGUUUCAACUGCUCCACCACCAGUUAUUGUCUCACCACCUAUUACCACAUCACCUAUGAGCCCUCUGAAGAGAAAUUCACCAGUCAUAAUGUCUACAGCUUCGUAUGAAAUAGCAUUAACAUUACCUACUAAUCUCAUUGGUACUCCAGCACCUGUAUCGUCUAAUCAGAUGCCACCAACGACGUACAAGCCGCAAGCACCUCUACCACCUGAUGAUGAUGCUGCAUCUGUGAUAUCUUCAAUAGAUGGAGAUAAGCAUCAAGAGACUAGGGGUGGCAGUGAUACAGAAACUGCACCUGAAGGGGAGGAAGAAGGAAAAACUCGUUGCAUUUGUGAUUUCACACACGAUGACGGAUACAUGAUAUGCUGUGAUCGUUGUGGGGAAUGGCAACAUGUUGAUUGCAUGGGAAUUGACAGGCAGAAUAUACCAGAUGCAUAUAUGUGUGAACUUUGUUUGCCAAGACAAAUAGAUCGACGUCACGCCCGAGCUAUACAGUUACGGAAAAGAGAGGAGUUGAGUGCGCUUGGCGCUUCAGAUUCUGACUCAUCGGAAGGCGGUCGAAUUGUUGGUCAGAAAAGAAAACGUUUACUUACAGUCACUACCUAUACAAACACUAGUGGAUCAUGUGUAACAACUUAUAACUCUAAUGUUCCAGUGCUCCCUCCUCUGCCACAACCAUCAUUACCGUUACCUAAACGAGGGCCCAAGCGGCCAAAGAAACCAGAAGUAGUAAGAAAGAGUGGAAAGAGAAAACUAGCAGAAAAACGCGUCAAACGAAAGAAGGAAUUAUUAUUAAAUCGAAGUAAAUAUAGUUCAGGUUUAUCAAAUCAAUCUCAUUUCCAGGAUUCAUAUGAAUUAGCUGUGACAAACCAUUACAGUCCGGAACUAAGGGCGAAGAUAAUGAAAUACAGUAGUAAAUUAGGUAAUACGCCAAAUAUGGCGUAUGUUAUGAACGCGCAUUUAUGUACAACUGUCCCCCAUGCCGGUGGGAAGAUUUUAAUUGCAACAAAGGAUUUAAAAGAAAACACUCCAGUAAUAGAGUUACGAGGCAAAUACAUGUUGUCUAACCAACAUAGACCUCAACUUCAGAAUUCUGCAAGAGCUGGCAGUCAGAAACCUGGUCCAUUUGUAUUCUUCUACCGAUUACCUAAAGAUAAUACACAAAUAUGUAUAGACACAAGAACGUACGGAAAUGAGGCAAGGUUUGUACGGAGAUCUUGUAAACCUAAUGCCGAAUUACAACAUUGUGUAGUUAAGGGUGCAUUACACGUUUACUUAGUGAGUAUUGGAGUAGUGCAAGCAAACACGGAGAUUACUGUUGGGCAUGAUUCCGAUGGAAGCAAACAGCCGUGUGCUUGUGGAAAUCCGAAAUACUGCAAAGCGAACGGACUAAACACAUUACCACCUCGAAAGAGUGUUGAUUAUCCGCCUAGAGAGAAACGAAGUAGAAAUAGAUGUUUUAGUUCAUCAUCACCAGUUUCACCACCCCCCACUCCUACUAUUACGACACCUGUCAAGGAAUUCUCGACACCAUUUAUGUCAAUAAAAUCCGAGAAAAAGUCGCCUCAGCAAAUUAAACAUGAAUUCCCGCCUCUAUCCCCGGUCAAAUCAGCUAUAAUGGCUUUAAACUUUGACGAGCCUUUUAAGCGAGAACCAAUAGAAGAUGUGAAACCUGAAAUAGAUCUGAUAGCAAAAGAAGAAAUGAAAGAAGAAAUAGAUGAUGACCAAGAGUUUUGCAAAAAAAUUGAACCCAUUGAACAGAAUUUUAAAGCAAUCAAACAGGAACCAUCGCCCCCGCCUUCACCAAUACCACCACCUCCACCAACUCCACCACCCGAAAGUAAGGAACCCGUAUCUGAACAAAUAGAUUCUCCGAAAGAAGAAGAAAAAGUUAUAAAAGAAGAAAAUGACAGUAUCUUUUCUGAUGAAGAAAAACCAGAGAAAGUGGAAGAGCAAAAACAGAAAGAAGAUGUUAAGGAGUCACGAGAACUUAAAGAACUGAAAAGAGAGCUUAAAGAACUAAAAGAGCCAUUAAACAUGGAAGAGGCAAGACCAGUCACCAGAGAAUUGUCUGCCAAGUCAGCAUGCCAUGACAGGUCGUCUCGGUCUAGCCGAACGACGUGCGUUAACCAGGAUUCCUUGGAUGACAAAACAGAUGACUCACAAGAUAAAAUUCAGACAUCGAUUAAAGAAAAGGAUAAGAGAAAGAUGACGCGCGAGGAACGUAAGAUGGAAGCUAUUAUGAAGGCAAUUGAGCGCAUGGAAAAGGCCGAACAGCGCAAACAGGAGGUCAAAGAAAGACAAAAGCGGCGGGAGUCAGAUCCUCAUCCUAACGCAAACGAAAAAGAUGAAGACGAGGAAGUUAUCAACACCACGUCAAAGAAAAGAAAAAAACGCAAAGGCCGUGCUCGGACUACGUCACAAUCGAACCGAAGGCGCCUUAACUCUGCCGACAGCGAUAUGGUGACGUCGGGCGAUGAAGCACCUCAUACGCCGGUGACCCCGCACACCCCCAUGACCCCGCUCACUCCGCUGACCCCACCGCGCGCUCCGCCCCUGCGACGGAACAGUGCGCUUCCGCCGCCUGAUGAUCGAAGCGACAGCGUCAACGAGGAACUCGGAUUAAGUUCAGCGUGUUUACUAGUAGAGGCGGCUGUGGGCUCCGUCGAAUCUGCCUUUAAAUUGCCAAAAACUAAGAAAACCAUGGCGACCGAAUGGAUAGGACGGUCGCCCGAACGCACACCCUCACCUUAUAGAUCACCAUACAGACCUGCCCUGGUGUCGGCUCCGUCCCUAGAGAGUUUAGUCAGAGUCGCUUCGACGAUGAUUGGUGAUUUGAGCGGUGGUCAGGAUAUCUACCAUGAGGACGAUGCCAGAGCCUCUCCACCUAGAACACCAGGUAGGGAUCGAAAUAGACCUCCAAAGAAGGCGAGAAGAAUUACCAGAAGCACACCAACAACCGAAGUGGCCGAAGUGAUUCAGCCUGUUAUCCCGCAACAUAGUGCCAAGAAACGAUGGUUACGACAAGCCAUAAGUGAAGAGAGCGACUCACCCUCAGCAGAUGUAUUUGUUUCAGAAUCACCACCCAACGAAAUGGUAACGCCUUUGAAGAAGAGACGGUUAGCAAGAGAAUCCUUAUCUUGCGAGCAAAAUCCUAUUGUGCCUUGUAAUGAUGAAACUUCACCUAUUUUAACAUCAGAAGACUCACCUGUGAAGGAUGACUCACAAGGAAUAGCAGGGCAAUACAAAGCGAGAAAUAUAAUGGAAAGUAUGUACAGCAGGGACAGAACUCGGUCAGACAGCGGCCAAGGAUCAGACGAUCAGUGCAAUAUAGAUCACGAAGUUCUAAAUAUGAACAUUAAAGGCCCUCACGAUAGUGAAAACAUUAGAAGGAUUAUAGGAGUGCCUACACCUGAAGAGGAGCUACCGCCCGACAUACCAAAACCGGAUGAUAUUAAGAGCAAUAACAAUAAUGUUGAAAUCGAUGAGUGCAACUAUAAUAAGGUGGUACCGAUGGAGAUUGACACCACGAUACCAACCGCGUCAAAAAUACAAGAAUCUUUCAUUAUUAGUAGUAGUGACCCGAAGGGUAUUGAGAGCCCGAGUGAGAAACUAAAUAGCUGCCAGUCUGCUGAUACGAGCGGCAACUCUUCGCCUCAAAGAGACGAAAUGGAUGACAUUCAGAAGAAAAUACAUUCAUUUCAUACAGAAAACAUACUGAUACUAAAAAGCAGAAAUAAAAAGCCACCUAAAGAGAAAAGAAAAAAAGUUAAUUUAAACUUUGAUCUGAACAUGGUUGAUGAUCAAAUCAGUAUUCAAUUGAGGACAGAAGAUACGAAUUCGAAAACAGUAGAAGUUAAUGGAGACAUUCACGAUGAAAUGAGCAAUUCUAUUCACGAAGAUAUGAAACUACAUGUGUCUCCAGAGAAUAUACCUCUCCCACCAGUAGAGUCGAUACCGUUACUGGCUCCAGAGAACAUACCGUUACCGGAAGAACCGAGUCCGAUGACCAUGGUUCCGCCCCCAGAAACCAUCCCACUCCCAGAAGAACCAAUGAAACCAAUCAAAACUGUAAGACCGAUUUCUCCCGUUGUGGAAAAAGUAGAGAAAUCUUUCUCAGUCGACAGGCCGUCCGUGUUAGAGAAUUCAACGUUCUCUUCGCGUUUUAGUUCAACAGGUUUAUUCUCGGGAAUUUUCAGCAACAUGUCUCAAUCGUUCAGUAUGGACAAAACAAUAAACGAAAACGUACCAAACAUGUCAAUAAUAAAGAGUGCAAUAGAUAGGACUACAACAAUAGAUAAUAGUUUAUUUGAGAAGGACAGUAUAACGCCAGCUGACGAGUUUAAGAGUGUUGAAGCUAUUUUAACGCGAGUGAACAGUAUGGACUCAAAUAACAGUGUUAUAUUAUCGGGGGUGUUGAGUAGUUCAAACAAAUCAAGCUUGCUGACGCCGUCUCCAAAGCCGGUGAGCAAACCGUAUUGUCCACGCACCAAUGACCCCAGACUGAAUCCUCCGCCUGUUGAAAAACCUAAACCAGUUCGAAGGAAGCUCUCUAUAACCGAGUACCGUAAGCGGCAUAAAGGGGUGGCGUGCGAAGAGGGUGGAGUAAACGAAGCUAGUGAAACAGGGGAUGGUGUUCCUGGGGAAGGAGGGGUAGAAUGGUCAUCAGAGUCUUCAGGCGCCGGUUCCUUGUCCCCUCAACGACUAGACGCCGCUGCCGCCGCAGCCGCUGACGAACUCGAACAGCGCCUACACCGAGAACUAGCUGCUUCACACCUGCCUAAAGGUGUGUUCGACGCACAGCCAACUGCAACGGAACGCCAGCGGGAAAACCUCAGCUCGCGAUUACGGCGGGAGUUCGGACUCGCCUUGCCUGAUGAUGAGGAGGCGAGACCACCUACCGAAAACACCGAUGGCGUGGGCGGAGCUACGAGGUGUGACAGGUAG